AUGACAGGUUCCCUUCCCACAGAUCCACAGCAAAAACCGAAAAAGAAGAAGGCGGCAAGAGCGUGUGUCCAUUGUCAGAAGGCUCAUCUGACUUGUGAUGAUUCUCGUCCGUGCCAAAGAUGCAUCAAAAGAGACCUAGCUAGUACUUGUACUGACGGAGUAAGAAAGAAAGCAAAGUACUUACAAGAAGAUCAAAUUUUAUCGUUCAGCAGUGGAUUUAGCUCAACAACGCCGUUAGAAUAUUCCAUGCUGACCAACAUGCUUGGUUCGCCACACCAGUUUCUGGACUCUGCCUCAUGCUCGUCGUCAUCGUCGUCUACGAUCGAUCGAGACCCUGUAUUACUUUAUCCUGCGUCAAGAAAGACUCAUUUUCCCAAUGUGAAAAAACCAUACAACUAUGUUGAGGGGUACCAUUAUCUUAUCAACUACGUGAGGGAAAGAAUGGGCAGACAAGAACUCAUGAGGAUCAGUAAAGCACUUUCAUUAUUUAGACCGUCAAUGAUAGCUUCAAUGAUGAAUUUGACAGAAGCCGAUCUGAUAUUUACAGAAAGAUGUCUGCAGAGAACGAUGAUGGAGUAUGAAAAAUUAGUUUCGUAUUCUGGAACACCAACAGUCAUUUGGAGAAGAACAGGAGAAAUUGUGUUGGUUGGGAAAGAGUUUUCUCUGUUGACUCAGUGGUCUAAAGAAGCCUUGAUGAACAAAAAGACUUAUAUCUUCGAGCUUAUGAGCCAUACAUCAGCCAUAGAGUAUUGGGAGAAGUAUGCUUUACAUGCAUUUGAGAACGCCAAUUCAGCAGUUUACAGUACAUGUAUAUUAUUAAGCCCAACAAAACGACUUGUCCCUUGUACAUUUUGUUUUACGAUAAAACGCGACAUCUUUGAUCUCCCCAGCAUUAUCAUUGGCAACUUUUUGCCUAUCCUAAGCUAG